CACUUGGGCGCUCUCGUAUCGGCCCACCCACACCAGCCACUCACAGGCAGUUUACUGGUAGAGUCGACGCGAGCAACACGUGUCGAAAUCUUACCUGUGUUCGGAAUUGUGUACGAAAAAUUCAGUUGACCGUAAUUGUUUAUAUACUAAGAAAAGAAACAUUUUGUGCCUUGGAAAGUUGACAGCAAAGUAUUGCUUCCUCAGUUGCUCCUUACUAAGGAAACCUAAUGUUUUUUGAUCUCAGCCCCAAAAUGGGGUAAUUUAUUACUUUUAAAGACAAUAAGUAAUUGAAUAAUAUUGUGAUUAUUGAGUGAAGUGAAGUAUAUAGUGAAAGAGAGACUGAUAAAUCAGCAGCCAUGUAUUCUAUGAACUAUAUUGGCAAGUUCAUUGCGAACUUUCGCGAGUUCUACAAUGAAAUCAACGGGGCGACGUUGACCGGUGCCAUCGACGUGGUGGUGGUUGAGCAGCCUGAUGGCAGCUUCACAUGCUCGCCUUUCCACGUCCGCUUCGGGAAGCUCGGCGUGCUCCGCUCCAGAUUCAAAGUGGUGGAUUUAGAGCUGAACGGCGAGCCGCUGAACAUUCACAUGAAGCUUGGUGAGUCGGGCGAGGCAUUCUUCGUAGAGGAAGUGGGAGAGGAUGAGGCGGAGUGUUCCGCACAUCUGGCGACCUCGCCAAUCCCGGCCGCGCGGUUUGAGGACCUCUAUGAGCCUCGCCGACGAAACUCGCUCUCUGUCGUUGAACCCGACCACGGACAAGCCUCCGAUUACACAAAGCGAAGAUAUACAGCUGAUGGACAAUCAAUGCAAAAACCUGACUUAAGUAAGAUAACUAAAAAGACUACCAAAGAAGACGAUACAAAUAAUGACAAUGAAGCUUUAUUCGAAAUGGACGGCCUUGACGAGGCGACUGACAAAGUAGAUGGGCGAGGCCCCAGGACAUUCGCAGCCACGCAACUCGGCGGGGCCGAGAGCGAGGCGCAUCAGGUGGUGCAGAAGAUCAGCGCACACAACGACUUCAGGCCUAUCGAAGCUGUGCCGUCCAACCAGGACGAAGUGAAACCUAACGGCGGAAACGGAAAGAAAAAGAAGAAGACAAGAAAAGCAAGUUCUAAGAAACACCAAAGAAAGUCGUCCACUAGUUCUAUUUCGAGUCAGUCGGACCGCGCCGGCUCCGAGCAGCGCGCCACGCAACCCGCGCCCAUUCCUAACGUCACCGACAUCAACUUCUUCAGCGACACCGAGGUGACCGCCGCUACUCUUAGAGGUUCGCGUAGUGGGACUCCAGUGCAGUCAGACACUGAGGUGGAGCUGGCGGGUCGGCAGGGCGACAAGUCCUCGCAGUCGUGGCGCUGGGGCGAGCUGCCCGAGCCGCCGGUGCGCGCGGGGCUGGAAUCGUCGGGCAACGCGUCCGGAUCGAUCGCGUCGCCUACCUCAGGCCCUGAACCUGCCUCGCCGGCCGAGCCCCUCAGCUCGGACGAGGAGCGGCCCAGCCGACGCGGCGUGCUCAGCGGCAUGUUCCGCUUCAUGUCACCGCGCGACACCGACGUGCCCACGGACGGCGUCUACCUCGAUGAUCUGGACCGAGGCCAGGUCGACCCCGAUCUCUACUUCCCGAAGCACCACGCAGACAGAUAUCGAUCUGGUGAGAUCAUUUGUACAGCGGGCAGUACACACCCCACCACUGGCCCCACGGAAGAAGAAUAUGAGUCUGGUAACGGUCCCUCCCUGCCGCAGUCUCCCGCCUCGCUAGAACCUCCUACACUGGAUUCCGAUGACGAUGAGAAAUUACUAGCUAAGGGUCAGGUGGGAGUGUACGUGCAGGAGGAGCGAGUGUCCCGCGCGUUGUCGUUCGAGGAGUUCUGUGAGCGCGGCGCGGCGCUGGCUGCGGAAGGCAGACUGGUCGUGCGGCUCGGCGGCCGAGCCAUGCCCUGGCGCAGUGCCGGCCCACUACUACUGUCGCUACUCGCCUACCGACGGCCGCUCCCUAAUAGGGUACUAGAAUCUUUAGAAAAGAAUUCUGAAAAGGAUGAAUCUCAGUCGCGUCCCACGGACAGCACAGCAAAGCCACGCGGCUACUCUUGGUGGAGCUGGAGACGGUCCACCGGAGAUGCUAAACGCACUGAAUCAUCGCCUCCUAAAGAUGAUUUAACAACAAAAGAUACCUUGGCCCAAGUGGAAAUGGUCACGGAAACCAAAACGGUGACCCUAAGAGAGCCACAUGAGGAGAAACAGAACUCUGUUGAAGAAAAGGCAGAGGAAGUUAGAGAAUUGGAGAUCGUCGAGGAACUUGAUUCCAGAGAGUUCCUUGCAGAAGAACCGCAACCACCGCCACAUAUUGUCGAAACUCCAGAACAAGUGGAACGACACGACCAUAGUUCGUCAGAUUCUGAUCAAGAUGGACAAGUCAAGAGGCCUAAUCGCAGACAUUCGUCGUUUAGAAAAACUCUACGACUUUCCUCUGAACAAAUUAAAGAACUGAACCUCCGCGAAGGUAUGAAUGAGAUGGUAUUCAGUGUAACUACAGCGUACCAGGGAACGACGCGGUGCAAGUGUAACGUGUUCCGGUGGCGGUAUGACGACAAGAUCGUCAUCUCGGAUAUCGACGGAACAAUCACAAAGUCUGAUGUCUUGGGGCACAUCUUCCCAUUGGUGGGAAAAGAUUGGGCGCAGUCCGGCGUCGCACAGCUGUUCACGAAGAUCAAGAAUAACGGCUACCAGUUGUUAUAUCUAUCGGCGCGGGCUAUCGGACAGGCAAGGGUAACACGUGAGUACCUGCGCUCGAUCAGACAGGGUGAGGUGUGUCUCCCAGACGGGCCUCUGCUCCUUAACCCCACGUCGUUACUCCGCGCCUUCCACCGCGAGGUCAUUGAGAAGAAGCCUGAAGAGUUCAAGAUCCAAUGUCUAGCAGACAUCAAAGCUCUCUUCCCGCCGGGCUCAAAUCCAUUUUAUGCGGGCUAUGGCAAUAGAGUAAACGAUGUGUGCGCAUAUCAGGCAGUAGGAAUCCCGAUUGUGAGAAUUUUCACAAUCAAUUAUAAGGGCGAACUAAAACAUGAACUGACUCAAACAUUCCAAUCCACGUACUCCCACAUGUCGGUGUUGGUGGACCAGGUGUUCCCGCCGGCGCAGUGCGAGCCCAGCGACGAGUUCUCACAGACCGUGUUCUGGCGAGAGCCCCUCCUCGAGAUCGAGUUGCCUCCCAUAUCCCCACCGCUACUCAAACACCAUUAAUCCAAUGAUUACGUACUUUCUAUGUAAUUUUUUUCAACUAUAUCGCUUCUUGUAUUCCUACUUUCAACAUAAGAUUGAAUAAUAUCAAUGUGCCUAACUCGGCUUAGCUUAUUCCACAAGAAAAUGGAAAGCAAGCAGUUGAGACUUGGUUAUUCCAUUAUUUAACUAGACUUUCAAUUCGUAGACUGCUGAAAUGAUAGGUUCAUUUGGGCUGCUUUAGAUUUAGGAUGUUUAGUUUCAUACGCAGAUAGUUUCAAUAUAGACUAAAUGAAUAUGUAGUGAAAAUACCAAAAACAAUAUGAAAUGCUUAUCUUGUAGUAUCUCGUGUGUGUUACGUAAGUUUGAUUGUUGUACUGUGAUGUGUCUAGCGGAAUAUUAUUUUGGAAAUGUCUUUACUUAUUGCAGUAACGUAUGACUUUACUAGGGCAAAAUAUUAUUUACAAUUUAUUCUCUGCGAAGACUGUGUAUACAUGUUGGUAAAUGGUUUGCAGAUUUAGGUUACAAAGGAAUCAAGUUAAGUUUUGGUUUCGUCGAUUAUGUAAGCUGUGAUGUCGUCGACUGAUAACGAUGCUUUAUUUUUAUACUGUGAUUACCUAUUCGUACGUGCUAAGUUAUAUUUGUGUUAAAGCAAUACACAUUCGUAAAAUGCAGAGGCUUGGCUUCUGAUAGAUUUAUUAUAUUCUUUGUAAUCAACGCCACUUUUGAUUUUGAAGCAUUGAUUUGUAAUAGUAAAUAUUAUGUCGAAUUAGAAUUUGGUAUAUUUUUUAAAAUAAUUUAUUGUUGUUUCUGUGAUUGUUUCAAUAAAUAUUUUCAGAAAUAACUAAAUA